AUGUCAUCUCAAACAAUAAUAGGCUUAGCCUUCACGGCUUCAGCUCUCUCAGUUUUCGUCGCCAUCGCUUUCACAGCCUCCAUCCUUCUCGACAUCAACAACUUCUAUGAUGACGUCAAUUCGGAUUUGCGAGAUUUCCGCGGGUAUUAUGAUGAUGCAUGGAAGACAAUGUUGACUGCGGAAGGCGGAUUGGCAGCGAUUCGCGGAAAGCGGCAAUAUGAUACUGGAGCGGGAGCGGGAGGUGGUGAAGCUGCACCAGCUGCGGGCGGAGAUGGCGGAGGCGGACAAUGCAGUGAGUUUUGAGCGGGGGGGGGGGAGCGGUAGGAAAAAGGGGGGAGGAGAAAGUUUAGAUUAAGCUCAAGACUAAGCCUAAGCUCAAGACUCAAGACUAGGUCUAAGCUCAAGAUUGGGCCUAAGCUCAAGACUAGGCCUAAGCUCAAGACUAGGCCUAAGCUCAAGACUGGACCUAAGCCUAAGACUGGGCCUAAACUCAACCCUUAGCUAAAGCCUAGGCCUAACCCGGAUCAUUUUUAAUUUUGGGAGCCCACCUAACUCAACCAAAUCUGACCUCACCCAAAAACUUCCAGACUGUGGAGCUCAAGCUGCUGGAUGUCCAGCUGGACCACCAGGACCACCAGGAGAGGAUGGAGCUCCAGGAGAACCUGGAACCGCUGGAGAAGAUGGAGGAGCUGGUAUGCCAGGAAUGGCUCAGAUGGCUAUGGAAAUGACUGGCGGAAAAUGUAUCGCAUGUCCAGCCGGACCCCCAGGACCCCCAGGACCAGAUGGGCCAGUCGGACCAGCAGGACCUGCUGGAAACCCAGGAGCUGACGGUGAUGCUGGAGGUGAAGCCCCAGCUGGGCCACCAGGACCUCCAGGACCACCGGGACCUGAUGGUAAACCAGGAAAUCCAGGAACUGACGGAGAAGCUGGAGCGCCAGGAACCAAAACAACUAGCUCACCAGGGCCUGCAGGACCACCAGGACCAGAUGGGCCACCAGGACCUGCUGGAGAAGCUGGAAGUGGAAGCGGGCCAGGCCCAGAAGGACCAGCUGGGCCACCAGGGCCACCAGGAAAAGAUGGAGGACCUGGACCAGAUGGAGCACCAGGAGAUGCUGGAGCUGAUGGUUCACCAGGAAGUGAUGCAGCCUAUUGCCCAUGUCCACCGAGAAGUGCUGCUUUGGGAGGAGGAGCUGCGGAAGGAGCUGGAGGUGGUGGAUAUGCUGCAGGUGGAGCUGGAGAUACUGCAGCAGCCCCAGCAGGAGGAGAUGCAGCCGCUGCUGCUGCUCCAGCCGAAGCUGCAGCCGCCCCAGCAGGAGGAGAUGCAGCCGCUGCAGCCCCAGCCGAUGCUGCUGUCGACGCCGGAGCUUCUGCUGCAGCUGCCGGAGGCGCUGAAUCCUACAACGCAGCCGAUCAUCCAGCCGAACCACCAACUUCUGGAGAUGCAGCAGCCGCCGCGCCAGCCUAUCCAACUGGAACACGCUAA